GCGGCCCGGGUAUAAGGCGCGGUUGGGGCGCCAGGGCCCGUCCUCAUCCCGAGAACAUGCAGCCUCUCUCUGGGCUCCUGCUGGCCAUCAUCCUGAGCCUGCAGCCGGCUUCAGCCCAGGGCAUGUGGUGCCACCAGUGCAAGGGCUUCGGCGGGUGCGCCCAUGCGGCCGGAUGCCCACGGGGCACCACCCACUGCGUCGCCAUCGCCACUCGAGCCCCCAUCAGCUUCAAAGACCUUCCACUGGUCACCAAGAAGUGCUACAGUGGCUGCCCGGAUGUGCAGAGCCUGGGCUUGGGCCCCCACGUGUCCAUCGCCUGCUGCCAGUCCAACCUCUGCAACCAGGACUGACCGCGGCCUCCAUGCCAGCGCCAGGAGCACACCCCUGCCCGGCACCUGGCGCCUGGAGACCCUCCUGGCCCGGGGCGGCCCACGCCUCCUCCACCCCGCCCUGCUCGGAGUCCGUGAAGCCGUGGCCAAAUCCACGGCCACAGGAGCCUGUGGUUUCACCGCCUGCGGUUCUGACAGCCCGUAAUAAAGUGUGUCCCG